AUGAUGAAAGUACUUCUUGUCUUCGUGUUAGUGGCGUUUUGUAAAGUGAACUCUUAUUGUCGAAGAAGUGUGACGACGGCUAGUGGACCCUUUGCGCCCAAAAAUAUAUGUUCAGGUGAUCUUAUAUUUGAAGAUAACUUCGACGAUUUGAAUUUAGAUAAAUGGAAACACGAAGAUACUUUAGCUGGAGGUGGAAACAACGAAUUUGAAUGGUAUACAAACAGCAGAAACAACAGCUAUACUUCAAAUGGAAUUUUACAUAUAAAACCAACUUUUGUAGCCGACGAACUAGGGGAACAAUUUUUACAAUCAGCUACCGUUGAUUUAGGGAACAAGUGUACUAAUCCACAUAAUUUUGGUUGUAAAAGAACAGGCUCACCAUCUGAAAUACUAAAUCCAGUAAAAAGUGCUCGUCUUAGAACAUUAGAUACCUUUUCAUUUAUAUAUGGCAAAGUUGAAGUUAGGGCUAAAGUUCCAACAGGAGAUUGGUUAUGGCCAGCAAUUUGGUUGCUACCUAAUAAAUGGAUAGAAAACGGAGAUUGGAUUUCAUCUGGAGAAAUAGAUAUUAUGGAAACAAGAGGAAACAAAGAACUGAUAAAACCUGAUGGACAAAAUAUUGGUACACCCUUAUUAAGUACUACUCUACAUUGGGGCGCAAAUGCACAAACCAAUCGCUAUGCUCAAACUCACUACGAAACAACCUUACCUGAAGGUUUUGAUCACGCAUAUCAUAAAUAUCAAGUGGAGUGGACACCCGAUUUUAUAAAAUUUUCUUUAGAUGAUAGAGAAAUUGGAAAAGUUGUACCACCUUCUGGCGGAUUCUGGGAACUUGGAAAUUUACAACAGACUGGAUUACCUAAUCUAUGGAAAGGAUCAAGCAAAAUGGCGCCUUUCGAUGCUGAAUUUCACUUAAUUCUUAAUUUGGCUGUUGGGGGAUACUUCUUUCCUGAUGAAGCUGAUAAUAGAUCAGGUAAAAAGCCGUGGUCUCAUACUUCUCCUUACCGUAUUGGUAUGACAGAUUUUUGGAGGAACAGGCAGCAGUGGAUGCCAACGUGGAAUUUGGGCACAGACGAUUCUCAUCUUAAAGUAGAUUACGUCAGAGUAUGGGCAAUAUAG